AUGCCGUCACGAAGCAGCUUUCCCACGGUAACUGGGUUACGUUUGACUGUUUUCGCCUUGGAGCAUCGCGACGAGCGUGCAUCCAUCCGUCACAUCGAUGAGGAGAUAGCGGCAGCAUGGUUCGCUUCAAGGUCAGGCCCAAGCUUGCAGUGGCAUCGGGAGACAAAAGGAGGCGAGGGCGAGAUGCAGGAGCGGAUGAGGAGCGAGAGCAGCGUACAUCCUACCCUCACUUCCUCUUUUGAUGCUAGCUCAACACCUUGUCACACCCAAUUGAUCGCUCUUCUUGCCUGCUUUGCCACGACCGGCGACAUGCGGGCGACGGAAAAUUGUGCAGAGGCAGCCAAGGGCUUGUCGGCGUGUAUGGCCAGCGGAGCAGGGGGAGGCAGGAAAGGAGCCAGAGGAUCCAUCAACCACCUUUUGGGCAGAUUAAAAUGA